ACCGAGCGGAGGAGUAACUCGAGUUGUUGUGUUCCCUCGUUAAUUAUUCACAGCUUUUUCAUAGUUUUCGCUUCAUUUUUGUCUCCCUAUUGUGACGGAAGCGAUAUUUUUCUCGAUAGUCCUAGAUCCGAAAACGGAACGAUGAUAGGACAACGAGAAAUAAUACCAGUCUUCUUGUUAAUUCUUCUCUCCGUCGCCGCAUUAUUUAACUUAACCAACGCCGGUGGACACGGACACGAACAUAGUCACGUGGUAAUCCACGUGCCGUACCAUAUCAAGAAGAUCCAACACACGCACACAAUCACGAAACACAUACAUCAUGGCGGCGGCGGCGGCGGCGAUAGUUAUGAAGUACUCGGAUACACCUAUGGUCAUCCCAUUUCCCUUGGAGGUCACGACGGAGGCGGCGAUGGUGGUCACGAUUUCGGAGGUGGCGGCGGUGGUCAUGAUUUCGGAGGUGGUGGCGGUGGAGGCCACCUAGAACUAAGCCAUGGAGGUGGAGGUGGAUUUGGCGGCGGCGACUGGGGAGGACAUUAGAAAUAUUCUCGAGUGAAUUAUUGAUAACUUUUAAGGAACGUUAAAAUUAGCUUUAAAGUAGUCGGCAUGAUAACCUUUUGAAACAUAUGGAAUGUUUUUCAUCCCGGUUUUCCGCUGAUAACGCUAGUUUUUGUACAUUAUUUCUAUCAUAACAUUAUUUCUAUCAAUGUCGCAUUGCACUCAUUUGCUAUAACAACGAUAUUAUUCAAAAAUUGUUUUGACUUACAAAAAACCGGAAUGUAAAGAAAGAGAAGAAUAUACUUUUAUUUCUCCAGAAUCAAU